AUGCUGCCAAGAAGGUCGGUUUACUUCCCCAGCAAACGGAUGCUUGCCUACGGCGCAUCCGCAGAUCAAUGUGCGGAGUAUUGCCGGAUGGCAAAAUCUACCUCUAUCGAGUGCCUCCAACGAUUUACAAGAGGAAUUGUUGCUCUUUACUCAGCAAAUUACCUUAGAGCUCCUAAUCCAGCCGAUCUAAAAAGACUUCUCGCUAAAGGUGAAAGGCGAGGCUUUCCCGGGAUGAUUGGGAGCAUCGACUGCAUGCAUUGGCAAUGGAAGAAUUGUCCAUCCGGUUGGGCUGGUGAAUAUAGUGGUAGAAAACACAUCCCCACUAUCAUUCUUGAAGCGGUCGCAUCAUACGACACUUGGAUAUGGCACGCCUUCUUUGGAAUGCCCGGGUCAUGCAACGACCUUAAUGUCCUAGCAAAAUCCUCGUUGUUUGACGAGCUUACUGCCGGUCGAGCGCCUAAGAUCGAGUUCCAAGUGAAUAACAGAGUCCACAAGUUAGGCUACUAUCUUGCCGACGGUAUAUAUCUUAGGUGGGCAACUUUCGUCAAAACUAUUCCACAUCCCACCCGUCCUAAAGAUAUUACAUUUUCCAAGGCCCAAGAAGGAUAUAGGAAGGAUGUGGAAAGGUGUUUUGGUAUUUUGCAAUCACGCUUUGGUAUUAUUAGAGGAGCAGCUCGCGGUUGGGAUAAAGAAGAUCUUCGAUACAUCAUGUUGGCUUGUAUUAUUUUACACAACAUGAUAGUGGAGGAUGAACGCCCUGCUGUUAGUGAUGAUGAUUUGGAGUCCGAUGAAGAAGAGGAAAACAAUAUGAGGCCUAGAAUAGCCGAAGUUUGGGAUGGACCAACCGGUGAAGACUUUGAUGAAGUUGGUAGAGAUAGUCAUACCUUUGAAGGGUUCAUAGAGCGAUACAAUGCAAUUAGAUGUCCGUACGAGCACUCCGACCUUCAAGCAGAUCUCAUAGAGCAUUUGUGGCAAUUUCAAGGCAACGUGAAUGUCUAG